CAUAGCACUGCGCAUGCGUGAUGGUUGUGAACCCAAACAUUCCUUGGAUUCGCCGUUUGAAAUCAUCUUAGGAAGAAAUAAUGACUUGAAUCUUAAACUCUGAUAGCAAUGGAUCAGAAAAAGAACAAACCAGAGAGACCAUUUUAUAUUCCUCCUAAAAAUGUACCAACACCAUCAGAAAUCAUAAGUGAUGCUAAAAGAAGCAUAAAAAACCCUCGGUCACUACCAACCAAGAGGCCAUUUACUCCGAGAGAUGAACGUCGAAGUCUGUUUCCCACAACAACAUGUAGAAAUCCAGAUUCCAGACCUCCUAGUGCAUUCAGCCUUUCAUCCAAACAUUUUGAUGGGCCAGAAUCCAGACCUGUUUCAGGGGCCAGAUUAAUACCUUUGGACCAUAAGCCUGGUAUUAUAUCUACAUCUUUUCCUGAAGAAACACCACAGAUCCCAGAAUUAGACAGUUCAGAGAGUACAUGUAGUCCAUUACCUCCAAAGCCUCCAACAGACCCUAAUAAAACACAGAGAAAGUAUACCAGAAACAGUCGACUAUACUCUGGAAACAGUGUGGAGGAGUCAACCAAAACAGUCAAAACCUCGUCACUCACUGACCUAUCAAAACAAGUAAAAGCACCAGAUUCAGAACCACCUAAGAGAGUAAAUAGUGGUCCUAAGGAGAGAACUCCAGUAGAGGGUCGGGAGGAAACACAACCUAUACCUCUAGAAGAGAGGGGAGAAGGAGAUGGCAAAGAAAUGCCACACAGAGCACCUAGCUCUGCAGCUGUUAGAAGUCCUCCCAGAAGUGCUGGCAGUAGAGAAGAAAGCAGAGUUGGGAGUGGAGGAAGUAAGAGGACAUCUAGUGCUGGAAGUACUGGCAGAACAGGUAGUGCUGGUAAAAGAGAAGUUGAAGAAACACCUGAAGAAGCUUCAUUUUAUACAGAUCACAUAGCUCCUCUGCUGGAAAAAAUGACUGUCUCUGCUAAAAAGAAAGAGGCUGACCAUGUGGUCAAAUUUACAGAUGAACUUUAUACCAUACUGCUGAAAGAAAACUUGCUUGGCAAGAAUUGUAAAAGACGAUCGGUCAUAUUAAAAACUAUCUUCAAAAUAUUAGAUUUGGAUGACCCUAAAGUAUUACUUCGACUUGCAAGACUGAUAUUAAGUUUUAAAGUUAGUGGAAAUAAUUUAACCAGUGUAUGUAAACUAGUAUUCAAAGUUAGUAGAAAUGAAAAAAAUGACCCACAGUUUCUCAGAGGGGAUAUUUUAGAUUUAUUAUUGGAGACUGUUAGGAACACAGACCCAGUGUCAUCAUCUGAGGCUUUAAUAUACUGUGUUGGGGCCAUCAAGUUCAUGACAGGAAAUACCAAAAUAGUCAAAGAACUAGUCAAAAAGGAUUGCAUAGAGGCAUUAGCUAACUUAUUGAUAGGGAUAAAUAAAACAAAUAGAGAAAAUACCAAACCCAAUGACCAGUUAGGACAUAUAUUAGUUCAAUUAACUGCAGCAAUGAGGAACCUUGCUGAUGCCAGUUCUAGUAGAGAGAGGUUACUAAACAGUAAAGGGCUGGAAUCUUUGUGUUAUGUUAUAGAUACAUACACUGCUGAUGGUGAUCUCAUGUUAAAUAUAUCACGUAUAUUUAGUAAAGUGACGUUACAUACAGACUGCUGUAUGGCUCUCAUUACCCAGCCGUCAGCGUACAAGUCUUUUAUCCAUCUACUCAACAAACAACAACACAAAGCAGAUGUUGUUGUACGAGUGUGUUUUAUAUUAGGUAAUAUGACAGCUAAGAAUGACGAUGCCAGACUUCGCCUUUUCCAAGAAAACAAAUCAAUGGAGGCAUUAUUAGCUAUAAUGAAAUAUUAUCUAGAUCGAGAUAUCAAGAUUAGAUCAAGGGAAAAAGAAAAAGAGACCAGUAAACAGGAUAGCAGUAAAGGCAAUGACUGUGAAGAUGUCCUAAUUAAAACUGUACGGGUAGUUGCCAACAUGUCCAUUAAUGAGAUGGUGGGACCAGUAUUAGCAUCAAAUCAACAAUUUGUUGAACUUUUACUUAAUAUAUUAGAAUGUAAAGAUGUACAGUCCAGUGAAGAGUUAUCACUUAAUACUGUAGCAACUAUAAAUAAUUUAUCUUUUUACAAUACAAAAACUAGUGCAAUAACAGACCAGCAAAUGAGAAUUAUAGAGGUGUUACUAAAAAUGGUACUAGCUGAUAAUAUGGAGGCUAUGGUAGAGUCAUCGAGAGUUUUCGGAAAUCUUACUCGACAAAAAUGUGUCCGAGACUAUCUGGUGGAAAAUAAAGUUGAUCAGAUGAUGAUAACAAUGUUAGAUUCUGGUAACAGAGAAGUGGUUUACAUCGCCUGCGGUGUUCUCAUUAACUUUAUGGUGGAUGACGAGAAUCGAUCAGUAUUAAAAAAAGAUGGCGGUAUUGCAAAAUUAGUAGAAGUAUUAAGAGAUUUUGCCAAAACAGACUGGGAGUUAGCCAGUAUGGUGUGUCAAAUCUUGUGGAAUUACAGCGUUAAAAUAACCAGUACUAAUUCUUGUUUUGGGGAACAAGAAUCUAAAGACUUAAAUGAUGUUUUGUUAGAAUUAUUAGACAGAGAAUGUGCAUUUGAGGACUUGGAUGAUGAGGACGAAGAAAUGAAACAUUUUUUCCAGGACACCUGGUCUGAAGACUUCUGUCCUGUAGCUACACAGUUACUACAGAGAAUGGAAUCUUAUUCUUCUGACUUAGAACCAAUCGAGAGUCCGUCAGAAUCAUGAUAAAUCAUCUUAUUCAAACCAUGUUAAUGUGUUCAGCUUUUAAAGAAACCGUCCAUUUUAUUUAUAUCACUGUUUACAUUAAAGUGAAGACUUAAAGUCAGUUGUGUGUCAUCAUUCAUAACUGGAUUUAAUUGGACUAAAUGACUUAUAUUUGCUAUUUUCAAAUGUUCUUGUUUGAUAAAUAUCUCUCAUGUUAGCUGUAAACACCAUAUUUUAAGAUCAGGUCAAGAAAUAUGUUUGUUUUAAGAGUAUAGAAAGAAAAUGAGAAAUCUAAAUAAGGCAGUUCCCAGGCACUGCUGUGUACAUUCAUAAUUGAUGAGGUUACAUCAAGGGUAGCUCCUCACAUGACCAUUUGAAUGAUAUGGUGCUGAUAGAUUUUUAACAAAUUCUGAACAUGGCUGGAAGUAAUUCAGCAUUUAACAAAUUUUCUUAUCAUCAAAACAUCACCUGAUAUAGCAUCUUUAUAACAGAUUCAUCGCACUAUUCUUCUAAUCUUUAUAAUUUAAUCCAGAUAAAUCCUCUUGUGAAUGGUUAACAUAAGUUGUUUUGUAUUAAUAGAUCAGUUGUAGUAAUGUUAUAAGUGCUUUAUUUUGUGUACUGAAUUACAGUUUGAUGACAGUAUGGACAUUUAAGUUUAAAAACAGUUAUGUGAAUCCAAACAAUAUGUUGGACAAUAAUUUUGCUCAUUCCAUAAGUCUGCUCAUUUAGCGCUCUAUCAAAGAAGUGCAAGAACUAAUGAGAUAAGAGAAAUUAUGGGACCUGAUAGUAAAUUCAUUGAAACAAUUGUGUCUAAUGUGUUUAUUUUCGAUUUCAAAAGUGAAACUAAAUUAGACAUGAGUAAAAGUCUUGCCUAAGAUGAAGAGUUUAUGGUGAUGUGUAGCAUUUUAUAGUGACAUUUUUUGCUGGGUUGCUGUUGCUUUGACUUCUUAUAUCAACAGGAUGUAAAUCACCAUCAUCGUGAAUGCCAUAUACUAUACAGCACAGGUCAAGAUGUACUUUUGUAAUGUAUGUCCAAGUUAUCUGUAGAACAUUUCUCUAUAUCUAAUGAUUCCGCCCCAAUUAAAGUUUUUGUCAUAUAUUUUGAGAUCAGUAGAUUUACUUUUACAUUUAACAUAACAGACAUGAAAGUAACAGAGUAAUUCAGGUAUUAGGUAGACAUCACACGAUGCCCUGAAUGAUUACAGUAGGAAUUUGACAUUUAAUGGCAAAGAAGGGCAAGGUAAACUUUAUCCACCUAUAUGUGAGUUAGUAAAUUGGGUGAAGAGAAAAUAGUUGACCCAAACAAAAUGACCGCCAAGAAUUAUAAGAGUUUACAGAUAUUUAAAAAUCCCACCAACCCUAACUGACAAUGUUUCCUGUAGAUGCUUAUUAUCUGAUGUAGUGUGUAUGAACCUUUUGUGGUUAUUGCAGUUCUUUUCUUUGUUGUAGCUUGAGUGAUAAGUUGUUAGUUAUUUUUUAUAAAUCAGUAUUUUUAUCAUCUUGUUAUUUGUAUAUAAUAUAUAUGUAGCACAUAUAAAACUAUUUAUUAUUUUUUGUACAUACAUGUAUAGAAGUUUUAUUUAUAAACAUUGUAUAGAUACAAAUCGUAAAUGUUAUGUAAACUCAAACCAAGAACAGACACCUUAAAUAGUAGUACAUAGAUGUUAAAUAGAAACCAGAUUGUGUUGGAAGAGGCACACAUACACUUUCUUCAUUAUUUCCUUAGUAUAAAGACAAUUGUCAGCCAAGUGAAAGGUGACUAGAAAUUAUAUGUCUGUCACAGUCAAUUUCCAAAAAAUGAUAAUUAUCUGGACUUAAUGUAAAUGUUGUUAUCACUCAGAACCUAUUGUUUGUGAAAAAUAGAGAAAAUUACCCCAAAAUGUAUUUAUUUAUAGAAAUAUGUAUAUUUCCCAACUUCUGCUCACUGCCCUUAUAAAUUUUAGUCCAACAUCAUGUAUGCAUCCAUCAUUUAUUUUAAUUCUGACUGGCCAAUUUUACAAUGUCAUCAACAAUACUCACUUGGUGCUGAACAAAUUAAACCAAGUAGCUUCAAGCAAUAAGACUUCUACAAAUAUUGUUAUUGAUGCACUCCACAGCUAUUUAUGAAUAGUGGGUUUCUUUCCAAGCUAUAAAUAACAGUGGUUUAAAUCACCUGUUAAUUUCUAGAACUUAGAUAAUAUGGCAUUUUUGAGUAUUAGUCUGCUCAUAUUUUGUAUAUUGCUUCAAUAAAAACAUCUCUUCAAAUAAGGUAUAAAGUGCUUUGUGAGAAAAGUCAGCAUGCAAAACAGUGGAGUGCACCCUAUCUUCAAAUUCAUGGUCAGGCUAUAAGAGAUGAUUUCUUUGGUAUAUAUCUUGACUGCAUAAGAGUCUUUACAUUUUUUAAUUCAUUUCUAAAGAACUCAAAGGCCUUCAAAGUUAAAAGAAGUAUGUUUCCGACAUUGUAUUUUGGCCACUCUACAAACUGGUCAAACCAAUUAUUUUGUAGAUAUUAUGUCAAUUGUGCCAUUUGAUGUUAUAACAUGUUGAUAAAUUAAAACAUAGAUACAAUAUAGUCAGAUUUAAUAGGGAAAUAGUCAAAUCUCUUUCAAACCUGCAAUUAAUUAUUAAACCUCUUUGUACUGUUGUAUAAUGAUAGAGAUCUAUCAGAUGAACUCUUAUAAAGAAGAUUGUAAAGAUUUUCAAAAUUUGACAUCUAAAUUUCUACUUCUAUUGAAAUAUAAAGACAAUUAUCUCAUCCUUGCAAAUUGUCAUUUGAAUUAACUUUUGUGGAGUUCUUCCAAGACAAUAUAUGUUAGUUGCAUUAGAUUUCAUUAAUAUUGCAGUAAUAAACAAAAGCUUUAUCUCAGAAUAAUAGUUUGAAAACAAUAGAUAUCCAUCUAAGCUUCUGAAUAAUUUGCUGUAAUUUCUGUUAUAAUUGAUUUGUUAAAAUAAAUGAUCAGUGCAAGGUCAUGUUAAAUGAAUUUUAGAUUCACAUCUAGGGGCUUAUUAAAGAAUUUUGACACAAAUAGUUGCACAUUGUGGGGAGUUAAUAUGUUGAUUAUCAAUAGAAACGUGUAGUCAAAACAAUAAAGAAAUGUGUGUGAUAAAGUGUCUACCAAAGCACGAAACAUUUUUGAUCAUUAUAAGUUUUAUUUAUGUUGUCAGUUCAGUCUAAGAUUAAACAUGUUUACUUACAGAGGUUUUGUUUAAAACAUGUUCAGUUUUUCAACUUUUAGGGGACCUUGGUGGCCAAGUGGUCUAAGUAGUUCAUCUACAAUGGUUUAUACUAGCCUGAGAACACUGAUAACAGUCUAUCUUUUUCAAAAUUGCAACAUGCUACUUUAACAUAAUUUUAACAUUAUAAACAUUGUUUCAGUUUCACAUAAAAGAACUUUUGUUGCCAUUUUUUUUUUAAAUUAAUUUGUCAGGUUGAAAACAUGACAUUGAUGUUCAAAAAUUCAUUCACAAAAGUAUAAAGAUACCUCAAAUUGGGCAUUUUUUUUCUAAACUGAUUUGAUACACAUUGCUUGCAAAAAGAUCAGAUGAAAAAUGUGUUUAUAAAAUAGACAAAAAUACUGUAAAUUCAUAAACUACUGUCUGCAUUUAAUAUUAAGAAUUCUAUGUUUCCUCCCCAUGUAUGUGUAUGGGUGAUAUGCAUAUUAAAAUUGAAGUGUUAUGUUUUAGUGUAUACUUGCUAUGAUUGUGAAUUUAAGGUUUUUUUUAUUUAGUUGCUCACAGAGUUAACAUUCCACAAUGUAUAACUAAAAAUUUCCACAAUGUAUAACUAAAAAUGUACUGCUUUGGAGAAGCAGAAUAAAAUUGGAAAAUA